GACCUUCUGCAUUAGUUUCUAUGGGGAGAAGGAAAGUGAUAACUCGGGGUGUUGAAACACCUUGAUGCAAAGACAAUUAAUGUUUACAUAAUUUUCAAAUGCAUACAAAUUGAUAGAUAGUUGUGAGGAUAAAAAAUGACACUACCUGCACUGAAAUGACUGCACAGAGCCUUCAAGCCAUACACUGAUGUUAUGGGAUGUCAGCUGGAUCAAAUGGCUCUGUAAGAAUUUCUCAUCGAAGUGUGUUUAAUCUCCAAGAAUACAAAAUCAUCUUCCAUGUCUGAAUGGACCCUCACAAUAUAACCUCAAAAUAAGAAAAAGAUUCCUCCAUUGUAGUUGCAUUUGUCAUUAUGAAUUUGGUGAAUAAGGCCUAAACUGCUAACAAGCUCAGCGUUUAAAAAAAGAGAAAAAGGGAUGUCUGCUCCUCACAAACUAGUGAGAAUGCUUUUCAUUGUAUUCAGAAGAAAAUACUAGGAAAUGGCAGAAGCUGUUUUCCAACCCCCAAGAAGGAAAAGAAGAAUUUUUGAGUCGUAUGAAUCUCCCUUUCCUGUGGACGUAGAUGGGAAGGAUUUCAGAAUAUACCAGGCUGAAAUUAUUAACAACAAUGUUAUUGUGAGGAACCCUGAAGAUAUUGAACAGCUGUACAGCAAGGGCUAUUUUGGAAAAGGUAUUCUUUCGAGAAGUCGACCAGAGUACAGCAUUUCAGAUCCUUUACUGGUUACAAAGUGGCAGGGUACUAACAUAAACUUGCCUAUAAUUGCAUCAAAAAAGUACCAGUAUCACGUUCAGUGGGCUAAAAGUAUUUUGCAAGAGCAAGGAUUUGAUGACUGCUCAGUUACCAAAAUUCUUGAAGACUACACUAAGCCUCUUGAGUUGCCUUUUAUGAAAAAUGAUGGAGCUGAGCAAACUGGCGAUUGUUGUAACAGAAUGGGCCCAAGUACAGAAAAUGUAGAGCUUUCCAGACGUUCUUGUACAGAUACUGGGAAUGUAGUAUCUCCAAGUCAUGAGUGUCAUAAUGAGAAGGAAGGCUACAAGAAAACCUGUUUGGAAGGAGAUUCCGUUUAUGAUCCUUUGGCCACAUGUGGCUCUAAAGAACAGGAAGCAGUUGACUUGAAGGAGAUGGCUGAAGUGUCUUGCCAGAAGCACGGUGGUCUUGUGCAUUGUGGCUGCAAGGCCAAGGAGAGCACUGAGCAAAGAUCUGGUGUGAUGGUCACAUCAAAAGAAUGUGCUCUGGAAUAUGUAUUGGUGCAAGAGGAAGAAGAAAGUAGUUUAUGCCCUGAAGAUAACUCUGCUGGUGAGCAAGAAAAUUUUGUCAAGAAGGAAAAACUAGUAUGCAGAAGAAAUCCAUUUAGGAUUUUUGAAUAUUUACAACUCAGCUUAGAAGAGGCUUUUUUCUUGGUGUAUGCUCUGGGAUGUUUAACUAUUUAUUAUGGGGAGGAGCCUUUAACUAUUUUGAAGCUAUGGGAAGUUUUCAGUGAAGUGAAGCCCAAUUUUAAAACUACGUACAUGGCAUAUCAUUACUUCCGCAGUAAGGGAUGGGUCCCCAAAGUCGGGCUGAAGUAUGGAACCGAUCUCUUGCUGUAUCGAAAAGGUCCCCCCUUCUAUCAUGCAAGUUACUCUGUCAUUGCUGAAUUAGUUGAUGAUAAUUUUGAAGGCUCUCCUCGGAGACCGCUCAGCUGGAAGUCCUUGUCUGGCUUGAACAGAACAACUGUUAAUGCUUCUAAGGAACUUAUGUUGUGCUAUUUGAUUAGACCGUCUGAUAUGACUGAAAAAGAGAUGUCCACACCAGAAUGUAUGAAAAGAAUUAAGGUUCAGGAACUGAUUGUAACUCGGUGGGUUUCUUCUCGUGAGCGCAGUGAGCAAGAUGAAGUUUAACUGAAUGAAUGGGGAAGAAUUUAAUCUGUUUAAAACAUUUUCUGUUUUUUGUUUUUUGGGUUUUUUUUAAACACCUAAUCUUCUCAUGAGGAACCAUUGCCUCCGAACAGUUUCUCUUAAGAUAGUCAGUGGGUGUGUAUAAAUGCAAUUAAAAUCAAGGCAUAUCCUAUUUACUGGAGAGAAUGUUGUAUUGAAAAACAUAACUGAACUAUAGUAAUGCAUAUGAAGGGGGAAAAAUUAAAGCUGUUUUGACCUAA